AUGUCCGACACAGAGACCUUCGACGACGUCAGCUCAGAUUUGGAGGAAGUGGAAGACUUUCCCAGUUACUUCGUACAGCGCAACUCGCGUCUCUUCCAUGCUCAUGACAGCUCGCCGUAUCCCCUACCUGUCGACACACCCGAGAACGAGCGGAGCGACACUUUGCAUUUCCUGCUCUAUCGACACAUGGGCAACAGACACUACCCGGCAUCUUGCCCCGUCGGGGACUUGCUCGCGCGGAGUCCCAGCCGCCAGAAGCGGGUUCUAGACUUGUGCACUGGCACAGGAAGGUGGGCUCUGGAUAUGGCCGCCCGGUUCCCUGACAGCCAAGUGCGGGCGCUUGACAUCGUACCGAUCCAAACACGCUAUCCUCCCUCAAAUGUUCAGUUUUUCAUCCAAGAUGUAAACGCGCUGUCUGACGCCAUCUGGGAUGACGCCACUUUCGACCUUAUCCAUGCUCGCUCUGUCACCAUGGCCGUCACUUCCUAUCCGGAUGUGAUCGCACAGGUAGCCCGGCUGCUCCGUCCAGGUGGAAUCUUUCUCUCCGGAGAGUGGGGUCUCCUCCCAGCAUUCAAUCCCGACCGAAGCCACAUCCCCGUUCCCGCCAUGGACAGAUUUUUCGAGCUCGUGCAUACCUGUCUCUCGCAACGCGGUCUCCCCGAAGUUGCACCUUCCGUCGGACCCAUGCUGGCCGCCUCGGGCGCAUUCGGAGACAUCACACCCGAGGAGCACUACCUGCCUCUUGGGACGUGGCAUCCAGACACGGCCCUGCAUGAGUCGGGGAUGGCGAUGCGUGGCGCUUUCAGCCGCUUCAUGGACAGUGUCCGGAUGAUGAUUCUGGACAGCGUGAUCGAAAUCACAGAGGACGAGCUGGCCGCGCUGUAUGAGAGGGUGAAGAGGGAGCUGUUGGUGACCGACGGCCUGGCUACAGUGUUCCAUACAGUCUAUGCGCGCAAACUUGGACAAUCUGCGCUGAACCGCGUGACUGAGGAGCCUGCGGAGGAAUGGCGCUUGGAUGAUGAUGAAGAAGAGCUGGAAGCCCAGGGAUACUACAUAGGCUCAUACAAGCGUCUCCUCGCGCUAUAUACCCUCACACCAAUAACAGCCGUUGUUUUCUUCGGUCUCCUCGCUGUUCUACCAUACGCCGCAUACUCUCCCCACGCCCAUCCGCACACAUACCCAUACCCAUCGUCGCUCCCCUUCCCCGCACCCGAGCUCCUCCUCUCGAUCGCCCUCUACUGCCUCGCGCACGUCCUGCGCGCACCCAUUUACGCCCUCUGCACCGCGCUCGCGCAGGGCCCGCUCCCCGCCACACUCCUCUCCACGCUCUUCCAUGCACUCAUCUCGAUCGCGGCGCGGCGCACGGCCCUCAGCCUCCUCCUCGUGCGCCACUUCGCGGAGUUCGCGCACCCCACGUGGCGCGACCCGGCGUUCCUGCGCGUGUGGUGGGCGGCCCUCGGGUGGGCUGCCGCGGAGGCUGCCGUCAGCGUGCACCAGGGGUACGCGGGGCUGGCGCUGUACGAGGACGUGCUCGUGUACAGUGCUGCCGCUGCUGCUGCUGCUUCCCCGUCGGGCACUGAUCCUGAGAACACGCCCCUGCUCCCUGCGCGACCGCCGUCGGAUCCAGACACCGAGCUCGAUCGGGACAUGGAUCAGCUGAUCUCGCUCAAGGCCCGCGAGGAACUCGAAGACGUCCUGGGGCUUCCUCUGAUUCGCAUUCCGCCUUUCAUUCCGUGCCUCCAGCGCGUGAACUCCCUGUUGCUCUCGAUUGGGCUUUCUCUGCUGCUCGGCGGGUCGCUGUACGGCACGACCUGGCAUGGCGUUGCACUGUCGGCGCUGGCGGUCGGCACGCAUCUCCUGGUCGCGGUGCUGUACGCGCCGUUCGUGCUGCCGCGCGUCGGGGUGCAGACCGCCGCGUACGUGGGCAUCGUCGUCUCCCUGGGGGCUUUCUUCGCGGGCUUAGGCGUUUGGGGAGGCGUCUCAUGAUAUGAUAAUUAUACACGAAAGUGUCGGAUACGGAAAAGCUUUGCUCGUAGUCCAUUUGAGUGAACAGAUCUACAUCCCAAGUCCCUCAUCGACUGUCCAGAAUAGGGCAAAACUUGGUCCACAAUUGACCAUUUUCUCCUCCGCAAA